AGGUCGGCUCGUUUUGGAUGACGUGGGUGCCAGCCUGGCAAAUCAGAUUCAAAAUUUUGAAAACGCAUUGAACGGUUGUUUCUAGCGGGCCUGUGGCUAUAUAGAGGGGGGCGAGAAGAGAGCGAGAGCCGUGCUGUUCAUUUGCUUUCUCGCUUCGAAGUUGAUGAGAUCUGAGGUGAGGAAAGAGUCGAUGGGAGGACAACAGAGUAGAGGAGCGCAGACGACGGAGCUAAAAGAGACGAGAGGAGGCGGAGAGAUCCAGCCAUCGAGUAAGCGCCAUCGAAUCUGCAGGUGCUCGCCUCGCUCAGCGUUCCUCGCUCGCCAUUCUUGCUUCAACUGGUACGAGGAGGACGUCUGGACGGAGGUGGCCAAGUAUCUGGAUGGUAGUGAUUUGGUCAGGCUAGGUCUGACCAACCGCUGGUUCCACCGUCUGAUCAACGAGGAGAGCGUCUGGAAGUAUGCCUGCCUAAGGGACCUCCACGUCCCUCCGCCUUUCCGUGUGUCUUUCCCGUGGAAGCAACUCUACGCCUCCGCCUUCGAUGGCAGCCACUCUUAUUCCUUCCGUCACAAGGAGAAGCACAUCGGUGAGAAUGCAAGUACUAGCACUUCCCUUUAUGCCUUGUUCAGUUUGCUGCUAAUUGAUUCCCUUGUCGAACCGUUAGAUCGGAUGAGAAUAGGGGCUUUCUUCUUAGACUCGCCCGUUGUUCUGCUAUCGGAGACUCUGACUCUGCCUAAGAGGCUCCCGCGGCCCCAUGACGACCGUGCGAAGACGAUUCAGUGCACGGGCACGUGUCUGCUGACCGACACCCGGACCGGAAUCUGGAUCGCCGAUCUGCAACUGGUUCGGUGCCCUGUGUGCAACCUGAACACGUGCGAAGGGACGAUGCAGGUGCUAGACGCGAGACACGCGGAGCUGUUCCUAGAGCAGGGGUACAAGGACGGCAGCUGGGACUACGAGGACAUUGGUUCCAGCCGGAUCGAGAAGUCUGCCGGCGCUGCCACUGGGGCAAUCUUCGACGUGAAGCACCUCCUUGACCCUUCUACCGUUGGGGUGAUGGAUGCGAAGGCGUGGGUGGGGCAGCAGGACGACUGGCAGCCGAAGGCGAGGCUGUCGAUCCAUGCCGUGGCCGUCAACACCAACCUGCAGGCAAACGAGGGUCUUCAAGUGAGAUUCCAGACGAUGACAAGCUCGGGAACGGACCAAAAGGUGGUUUCAAUUAGAAUCUCGCAACAACUCAUUUAAUUACUUGAUAUUCUAGAUAUCACACCACACAAAUGCACAAGUACAUCGUAUAGCACUUUUUUU